CUGACUCCAAGUCUUUCUGGCAGGGACCGCCUCAAGACGACCUCAUACAUCCGCACCCCUAGUGGUGCAAACCUGUACAGCAACCACCUGAUCUACUUCGAACACUGCAAUGAUAGCACCCACGGCGUCCUCCUCCUCGAUCUCAGCGGGAUGGACAUCAAGAUCGACAAGGACGGGCAAUCCGGGUAGUACCUCAAAUACAACACCCUUGGCGGCGUCAUGGACUUUUACUUCAGCCCGGCGACGUCUCACGACAGUAUUACGAGAUUUUUGGCCGGCCUGCCAUGACUCCAUACUUGGAUUUCGGGUUUCAGAACUGCCGGUGCGGCUACCGGGACAUGUUCGAGGUUGCCGAGAUGGUGAGCAACUACGGAGUCGCUCAGAUCCCUCUGGAGGUCGCCUUCACGGACGUAGACUACGUAGACAAGCGAAGGGUCAGCGACAAGGCCCGGUGAGCAUCUGCAAGUGUCAAGCGCCCUUGCUGACCGAUACGCAAAUCAUUUUUCCAACAACCCCGAGAUGUUCCCCUUGCUACUCAUACGCAGCCUCCUGAAUCACCUACACGAGAACAAUCAGUGCUACAGGAACCGGCCGUGGCGUAUGCGAACAAUGCGGCUUGCUACCGGGCGUCGAGAAUGGCAUCUUCCUCAAGCGCAGCAACGGCUCCGAGUUCUCAGAUGGCAAGUGGAUGGGUCUUCCGGGGCGCAAUCUGCUCUUCCCCAAGUACGCCACCACAACAAGGCAGCGCACCG